UUGAAGAAGAAGGAGGGUGAAAAUGGCGCGGAUGCUACCAUACGGUGAUGUUGAUUCGAGUUUGAGGGCCCUGGCCGGUCGCGCCGAGGGUUUCGGCCGCCACUCCAUCGGUGGUCUCCACGGUUCUCUCUAUUUCGUCACAACCCUUGCAGGUCUUGAAAUCGUCCAUUGCCUUGCAGAUGACGGUCCUGGGUCCCUUCGCGAUGCAUGUCGUAGAAAGGAACCUCUGUGGAUUGUUUUUGAGGUUUCAGGUACAAUUCAUCUUUCAUCGUACCUCAGUGUCUCAUCUUAUAAGACAAUAGAUGGCAGAGGUCAAAGGAUAAAAUUCACUGGCAAGGGUUUGAGGCUGAAAGAAUGUGAACACAUCAUCAUUUGCAACCUUGAGUUUGAGGGUGGUAGGGGUCAUGAUGUGGAUGGCAUUCAAAUUAAACCAAAUUCUAGGCAUAUAUGGAUAGAUAGAUGCAGUCUUCGUGAUUACGAUGAUGGCCUCAUAGACAUUACUAGGCAAAGCACCGAUAUUACUAUAUCUAGGUGUUACUUUGCACAGCAUGACAAGACCAUGCUAAUUGGAGCUGACCCGUCUCAUGUUGGCGAUAGGUGCAUCCGUGUGACGAUUCAUCAUUGUUUCUUUGAUGGAACACGGCAAAGGCAGCCUCGUGUGAGAUUUGGAAAAGUUCAUCUGUACAACAAUUACACCAGAAACUGGGGAAUAUAUGCUGUUUGUGCUAGUGUUGAAUCCCAGAUAUACUCUCAAUGCAACAUAUAUGAAGCAGGAGCUAAGAAAAAAACUUUCGAAUUUUAUACCGAGAAGGCUGCAGAUAAGGAAGAGCAGAAGUCUGGUUUCGUAAUAUCUGAAGGUGACAUGUUUCUGAAUGGUGCUCAACCAUGCUUACUAACAGAAUACAGAGAAGAAUCCAUGUUCCAUCCUAGUGAAUAUUAUCAAACUUGGACGAUGGAAGCAGCUGCACAUUCUCUCAGAGAAGUCCUACAGUUAUCUACAGGUUGGCAAUCCAUUUGUAGGCCAGUAGACAAUGUGGUCAUUAACUAAAUUCAUUGCACUGCGGGUUUAUGUCACCACUCACCAUUGACAUAACAUCAAAUACAUUCAAGAGAAAAGGUUCAAAUUUCCGCUCUUUUAAUUCGAGUAGUACUAGCAUAAUUAUUGUAUUCUGUGAACGUAGCCAACUUUGUUGGUCUGACACUUUGGCAUUUUGGUAUUUAUACCUGUCGCGAAUAAGAAUUCAUUUUCAGUGUCGGAAGCUACUCAAAUUU